GGCAACUCUGGCGUUCUAAAGCAAAACAAAAACAGUCAGGAAAUUUAAGAAGUCAUUGUUUAUCCAAAAAAAACCGGUUAAAUUUUGUAACGAUUUCGAAUUGGAUAAAAAGAAAUGACUUGCAGCUACUUUUACUUAGUGGCUGCAGUGCUGCUAUUGCUUCUAUUCCACCAGCGAUCCUGUGACGCAGCAGCCACACAGGCACCCCAAAAGGCAGUGGAAAUUUCAGAGAAGAGUGCGCCGGUUGCCGAAGCGGAGGCCAAAAAAGAUAAGAGCUCGUCCGUGAAGAAGGCGUUGCCCGAAGAUCCCUUGCCAGGACCAAAGGAUUCCAUGACGGUCGUGAGCAAGGGGUCGCCUGAUCCAGAUGCACCACCGAAACCACAGCUCAAGGCUCCCGCUGCGGAAGUUCCGGGAAUUCGUCCCACGGACCAUGUUGAACAGACCCGUAUGUCUUCCGAUAUGGACUUCCCCGGGCAAGCUGUAGUCUACAUCCUGGUGGGCAUAACCAGUACGGCUAUUUUGCUGCUCGUGAUGCGCGUUUACCGGCUGCGACUGUCCCGAGCGGAGCGCAAGUACGGCGUGCAGGGCGACCGGGCCAACCAGGAGCUGACCCCACUGCCCAUGGCCAUCGAGGACGUGAAUAGCGACGACGAGGACCACACCGUGUUCGAGGUCAAUCGCCAGAACAUUCGCAUAUUAUGAAAUAGCCAACAUAAGCACACGCCAAAGAUCCGUUUGGCCGCACAGCCAUCCCUACACUUCUCAGCAGAUCUUGCCUUAUUUCGUAGCUAUUUAUCGCUUUGUAGAUUUGCGCUGUAGCUGCCAGCCAAUAUCCAAGCUAGCCCACUAAUUUCUAAGUUCUGUGCAUUUCUCCCACUAGUUGGUUCAGGUUUAACGAAUCAAAAGGAAAUCAAAACCACUUGUGAUAACGAAUACGAUGAUAUAUGUAUGUCUAUAAGUACAAGGAUGCCGCUGAUGACCCGAAGGCAUUAAAAAUCUCAAAAGUACGGAUGCUUUCACCUCGCUAUGCGUCGAUGUUCCAUAUUAAUAAAUGUUAUAUUAAAUAUA